AUUAAACUCUCGGCCAGCAUCUCUCCUGUCACAGUGCCUUUCAGACUUUACUGUGAGCAGAACCCGAACGUGGAGAUUUUAACACAGAAACAUGGAUGUAAAGCUGCUGACCGUCGUGGCUGUCCUGAUCAUAGUGAUAUACUCACCUCCCUCUGAAGCAAAGCCCAUCAGCCUGGUGGAGCGAUGCUACUGCCGUGCAACUGUUAACAGCCUCCCAAAAGGUUAUAUCCGAGAGCUCAGAUUCAUCCACACACCUCACUGCCCUUUCCAAGUGAUUGCCAAGUUGAAGUCAGGCAAGGAGGUGUGUUUGAACCCAGAAAUGCCAUGGCUGCAGCAUUACCUGAAGAAUGCCAUCAGAAAGAUGAAGAAAUCCAUGCAGGCCAAUUAAAAUGCAUGAGGUUUUCCUGAACCACUCCAGAAGAUUUUCGCCAGCAUCAUCUUUAUAUACAUACAAAGGAAGAUCUUCUGAUAUUCAGCACUUAUCUUAGCUGCUCUGCUGCAGUCCUUUUGCAUGGAUUGGACCUCUUCAUCAUCAACACCAUUUCAUGGAAACAUCUUCACCAUCACCACUUAUAACAAAUGUUUCUAGCGAGAAGUAUCAGUAUAUCUGAGAGUGCGUUUUGCUAAAUAUAUUGUAUAUGCCUUUUGAUUAGCCAGGAAAUGUUUCUUAUUUUGAAAAUGCAUAUCCUGAUUGCUAGUGACCAAUGGAUGGUUCCUUCUCCAAAAGUUAAUUGACACCAAGGAAUUUCGGUCAGUGCCAGCUAACCCCCAGACUGAACAUAAGAUGUAAAUAAAAACCUAAUAAAAAUGUCGCUUCCAAUGUUUGUAAUGGAACUUUGGAUGCCAGUAAAGAUGGAGCAUUUCCUGUGCUGUUGCUGUGAUUGUGUGAUAAACCAACUUGUGUUAUUUCCUUAACUUGUUGCAGUAAAAAAAAAAGAAAAAACAUCUGGUUCCCAAAAAGUUUUAAUUGAGGAGCCAAUACGUUAAGAUUUACUGGAACCAUUAAAUUGAAUCAGUUAACAAGAAGCGGGGGGAACAAAUUGUAACGCUCCUCAGUCACAUCUGGCAGCCUUUGUAUCCUUUUGUUUUGUGUUAAAGAAAGAUUCACAACAAUUUGACAGUUGUUUUUCCUCUAGCAGUUAUCAAACGGAGAACCACUGGGGGCUGCAGAGAAAAUAACACUAAAAUGUACAUGAACAUGACUGCCUACAGCCGCCAUGCUUAUAGCGAUGCACUUUAAAUGUGAUGUAUUCAUAUUUUGACAGCAAAUCUCUGUAACUCUGCCUAUUUACUUUCAUCUUUGUUUUCUGUGUUUUGGUAUUUUUGAUCACUGAAUGUUUAGCUGCAGCAAUCUGUUAAAAAUUGGGAGAUUAAUCCAUAUAUUCAUUUUUACUCUCCUGCUCAUAUGUAAUAGUAAUUAUAUUCAAAUGUUUUAUUUUUGUACUCUUACACAUUUAUAUAUUGCAUUUAAACAUUUAAAAUGAAGGAACUAUACUCACACAACUGAGCCAUGCAGCUUUUUUUAUAUUGUGAAACUUGUAUUCAUCUGUUGAGUAAAUAAAUAUAAAAAAAUCAA